CUACAAUCUUCACUCUUCAACUUCUUCCCUACCUACGCAAAAAUGAAAUAAUGCAAUUAAUAUGGCGUCGCAGGAAAGAUGUAUUAGUGUUCAUGUUGAUUUUUCUUGUUUUUAAUGAAAAAUUGGAUAUAACACGUGUUAAGUUCGUAUUAAAAUAUAGAACAAAAUGUGAAUAAAUCAGUGCGAGAAAAUUUAUGGCGAAAAAGCGUUUACUUAUGAGUGACAAAGCUAUAUAAUAGUGAGUGGCUUGUUUAUAGCUAUGGCGUCUAGAGAAGAGACAGAGACCAAUGGUGAACAGAAAAAUAGGGGCUUUUUCAAUAAGGAGUCCAAGCACAUAUCUCAGAAUAAAUGUACAGCCUGUGAUCUUUUUGUUUCAGAGUGCAAUUGUAAUUUACAACGAAAACUUUUUCGUGUUGAAUUGGAUUUGUCAAAUGGAGACAGCAGUGUCAGUAGGGAUGCUCUAGUUGAUGAAUUCGUACCCCUAAGUAACGGCCAAGAACAUUUUGACAAACAAAUGAUAAAUAAUCCUGAUCCGGAGAGUAAUUCCGUUAUUUUUGGACUUCCUAAAACUUCAUCAUUAACGGCCGAUUCUGAGUCUAAUGAUUUCCUACAAAGCAUCAUGUCUCACGAAAAAACUAUACUUUCAGAAACUACAGCUACAGAUAACGGAAAAUAUAAGAGGGCCACGAAUUUUGAACAAACAAAUUUGUUCUCAAAAUCGGCCACGAAUACUGCAGCUGAACUUACUUUUGAAAGAGGUGAACAACAAGAAAGUACAAAAAAUGAAUGUUACAGUAUGAUUUCAGAAGAAGCAUCGAACAACAGUGAAGUAAAAAUGAAAGAUUUGUAUGGACAUUCAAAUGACUCCCAAGAGGUAAUAGAUGAUGCCCUAAGUGAAUCAGUACCAAAAACUGACUGUGAUAGAACUUGUCUGGAUAAACCUGAAUUAUUAUUACUAAAUGCGAAUAACAACACUAUCCAAAUUAAUUCUAAAAUUGGUGAUUCUGAAAUAUUACAUAAUGACGUGCCAGUUGAAACUGUUGCUCCACAAUUCAAAAAGGAAGUGUUCUUUGAAGACAUGAAUACAAAUUUGCUAAUAGAAAAAAAAGAAGUUCUCGAAGCAAGUGAAGAACAAUCUAGCAAGCACCUUGAAUCUACUUUUGGUAUCUUUGAAGGGGUAACUUGUCCGAGAAAAGGUCGAACACAUUCAUUGGACACAGUUUUAGAUUUUAAUCAAGGAAUAAAAAGGGCACACUCUGCUGAACCAAAUGAUACCGAUGUGAAAGUAAGAAAGAUCGACUUUUCAAAAAGCGAUGCCAAGUCUGAUAAAAAGUCAUCAGGAUCAAAGCAUCGGCGGCAUAGUAGCCAUAGUAGUGGACACCACCGACGUGAUUCAAAAAGUAGUCAUGGCAAACACAGUUCAAAACAGCGGGGCAAGCCAAACGUGAUGGCUAAUGGAAGUCAUAGUAUUUAUGCUGUAACCCGUAUGGACAUAGAUAAACUCAACAUGGUCGUAACUACAUGCGAAGUUUCCUCUACAUAUGCCACACUUGAUUGUCUCAAAAGUGACCCAGAAGACAAUAAUACUGACAAUACUGCAACUCUAGUACACAGCACUGAUGACAUUUAUAAAGACGGUUUGGAAACGGAUGUUAAAGGCCAGGCAACAUCUGAUGAAAAUCUAAUGAGAAAGCAAGGUCUUGAUCGUCAAGCAAUUGAAACACAAAUCAACCAGAAUCUGCUAGCAAGCCGUUUUAUGAUUUCCUCCUGUCCAAAGGUAUUUUGUUCAUCUAGGAAAAGUAGAACACGUUCACUGGACAUAAAUUCAAAUGCGUGUCGUGGUAUAAAGAGAUCGCAUUCUGCUGAGCCGAAUGAUGUCAACCCAAUAAAAAUUGACUUUGCAAAAUAUAAAAAACUUAUAGCUGAGGUUAGACCUGAGAGGAAAUCUUCUGGAUCGAAAGAUAGUCACGAUCGUCGGCAUAGCAGCAGUAGUAGUCGAAGGCAUGAAUCAAAAAGUAGCAGUAAAAAACAUUCAAGUAGUUCAAGACAUCAUAGGGAUAGUUUGAAGCCAAGGCGGAUGACCAAUGGAAAUUAUAGCUAUUCACAUGAAGAUACAUCGUUGAAGUAUAGAAAAUAUUUUCAUUUGGAAACUCAUACUAAUGGCGGCGCUAGUAUUUUACGAAUGUACCAUGAUGAAAUAAAGCAUUUAAACCCAGAUGAACUAAAACAACUAGCACAUGAAUGGUUUCGAAUAGCAUUCGAGGAGGAUAAAAACGGACACGCUCGAUUUGUUAUUGCCAUAAUUCAUGGUUCUGCUUCAUACCUGCCAGAUAUAUUAGAGUAUAUGGCGGAAAAUUAUCCAAAUUUAACAGUGAAAAAUGGUUUGUUGAGUAAAAGCUCAGACAUCGAAACUACUACACUGGCAGCUUAUAAUAAGAAUGUUUCCAAAAGUUACUCAUCUGGCACCGUUAGAUUUGGACCUUUGCAUCAAAUUAGUAUAGUUGGAACCGCUCAUGAGGAAGUAGGAGGCUAUUUUCCAGAUAUUCUAGAUUUGUUGGAAGAAAAUCAAUUUUUACAAAUGACGAUGCCUUGGGGAACUUUAUCCUUAUUGGAUCAAAUGAAACCAACGGAGAGUAAUGAUGGUCCAAUCAUUUGGUGUAGACCUGGAGAGCAGUUGGUUCCAACAGCUGAUAGUAAAUCACUAAAUAAACGGAAAAGAACUGGCAUAAACGAACUAAGGAAUCUCCAGUAUUUGCCUCGAAUGUCGGAGGCCAGAGAGCACUUAUUUGAAGAUCGAACUAGAGCUCAUGCGGAUCACGUAGGUGCAGGACUUGACAGAAAAACCACAGCGGCAGUUGGUAUAUUAAAAGCUAUACACGGGGGUAAACAUGAAGGUCCCAUUAACAGGAUAACUAAAGAUGUUGUAGCAUUUUCUGCGAAAAAUUUCGACAUAUUGGCAGAAAAGUUGCAACUGGAUUUGCAUGAACCUCCUAUUUCACAAUGUGUACAGUGGAUUGAAGACGCAAAGUUAAAUCAAUUACGCAGAGAAGGCAUUGAAUAUGCUCGAGUGGAUUUGUAUGAUAAUGAUAUAUAUUUUCUGCCAAGGAAUAUUAUUCAUCAAUUUAGAACCGUGACUGCAGUAACCAGUAUUGCAUGGCAUGUCCGAUUGAAGCAGUACUACGAUUUCGAAAUUACUGAAACUAAAGAGAAUGUUACAAAUAAUUAUAAAAUUGCAAAUGAUGGUCACAAAUCAAAGGUUGCUGAGAUACCAGAUAAUCCUGCUAAAAAUGUUGAAAAAGUAAAACCAAACAUGGACUUGAAAUUAAAAAUUAAAAUUGGAGGGGAUAAAGUCAAGAUAUGUGGUAAAGAACUCGAUAAAGACCAAGACAAACUAAAACAUAGCAGUAUUACUAGUGGCAAUAAAGAAAAGCAUAGUAGCAAAGAUAGACAUAACGAUGGAGAUAAAGAUAAAUAUAGAAGGGAGCAUAGGCAUAAGCAUAAACAUCAUGACAAGGAUAAAGAUUAUCAUAAAAGUAAGGACAGGCAUAAGCAUCACAGUUCUAGUACACAUAGAGACAAAGAAAAGAAAGAAAAAAGUCACGAAAAUCAUAAGAGACGUUCUGAAAAAAGAAAAGAUUUGAGUGACAGGAGACUGAGUAGUGAAACAGUCAAUUCAACAGAUGAUAGGCUUGUAACAAAGCCUAUAACAGCACCUGAUAUGUCCUCAUCAACCUCGAUAUCGGAUAAUUCUGAUGUGUCAUCGUUAAAGAGUAAUAACGCUAAUUCCAUCAGUAAUUCUGUGUCACUAACAGAGGGAAGAAGAGGAUCCGAUAGUCCCAAAAAGAAGCCAAUUAAAAUAAAGAUAAAAGCCUUACCACCCCCACCUUCAAAUGAUGUUUUGGGAGAUAUCCUCACAUCUAUGAGUAAUAAUGAGCUUCAAAUUUGAUAUUAACCAAUUAUUGGUUGACUAGGAGCCGAUACUUUUGAUCUCGAUUAACGAAUUUGAUACGUCGUUGAAUUUAACAAGGUUUUGCAUGGGCGAAGGUCUGUGUGUAUAAUACGGUUAGAGCAUAUUCAAACCCCUGAUUAUUUUUAACGGCUGUCAAAUUCGUAAACUGAGAACAAAAGUACCGGCGCUAAAUCUUCAAAAUUACAUUUUAGUGUAAUUUAAAUAGUUCAUCAAUUCCCUCUGUAAAUAGGAACAUAAUUAUUUUUGAUUAAACAUUUUCCAAUAUGAUUUGAGAAGGUUAGAAAUAUGAAUAAAGUAGGCUGGAAAAUGUGCAAAUCAAGGACAAUAAACUAAUUAUAAAUCUAUAUUUAUUAUCCAAUUUGGAAGACUGCAUAUUAUUGAAAGUUUAAUUUAAUAAUCUGCUUUAGCAAACUUAAAGAAAUGUUGGGAUUGCUUAGGGCCAGUUUCACAAACAGCAGUAAGUACAGGACACUGGUAACCCACAAUAUAUCUGUUUCAUAAUGUGUGGUUUAGCCAAAACCAUUGGUCAAGCUUCAGAUUGUCUUAACUCAAGCCUCAAAGGAAGUUUACACAGUGCGAGUUGCUGAGCUGGCCAGAACACAGAAGCUGUAUAUGGCGAGCGGAGAAAAAAAUAGUCAGCUUUUCACCUGUUUAGACGAGGUCAGUCGCUGUACUGCAUGGAUGGAUGUGUUCCUGGACAGAGGGCUUGCAGAUCUUUAAAAGGUGACCAUGUCAAAAGUACGCGUCGAACACAGCGAAUUUUCUCAUUGCCUGACCAGGAACUGCAGUCUGCGUUCAAAUUAGGCUGGUAUAAGGCGAACUACUGGCCUAAUGUCCAGUAGGUGAAAGCGAGUGGCCAGUGAAAUCAAAAACUAUUGCAGUUACUCGAAUGUAAAGUCCGUUCAUACAGUCUAUAGACUUUUUCGGGUGCGUGAUCUGAGAUUUUGGACUCUGAUUGGCCAAAAUUAGGGGUCGACUCGGUCGACCAGCGCUCAAUAUAAACGAUUGACCCAAGGCCCUAGUGAGGCCCCAAAAUCUAGCCAAUUAGCGUCCCAAAUCACGUACUCGAAAAAGUCUAUAGUCUUUAGCUGCCUAUCCUUGCAGAGAUAGUAACUCGGCAAAUCUGUUUAACAGUAUAACAUUACCUGACAAACAGUUACUGGCCUUCUCAACUGACCUGCUAGCUUGCACCGUGUAAACUCUCCUUUAUUUUGCGAACUGGUGGUCAACCCGCAAUUAGUUUGAUAACCAGUGCAGGUUACACCAAUUGUCAAACUGGGCCUUAAAGAGAUUUGGUUUACCUCCUCUGACAAAACAGAUCUAGACUCUAUGUAAGUUAACAAAUUAAUGUUUGGGAAUAAGUUAAGUGAACUGUUAGUUUACUGCUAAUAGUGCAAGUUGGAAUAAUUAUGAAAAAAAAUUAAAUUGGCUUUUUAUUAGAAAUUGAGAUUAGGCCAUUGAAAAUUCUAGUCAGCAUGCAAAUAUUUGUUUCAAAAAAGUGUCAGAUUCUUCUUAGGCAUUCACUCGGUAUCUUAAACUUCCAAUUAGUUGUUCUCCACUUAUUAACAUAAGACUUGAAAUAACGUAUGUAAAGUCUGAGGUACAAAUAUUGGUUUUUGGCAUUUCUUUAAGUUUCCUAGAGUUUAACAUUUUCCAACCAUUUGUUUCCAUCUAAUUAUGUCUAUGUUCACCAAAUAUGGAUUGUAAAUUUACAUUUAGUACGAGUUUAUCCUCCUUACAUGUCAAAUUUUAGAAAAGAAAUGCAUACAAAGUGACAUUUAACCAACAUCUACCCAUAUAAUUAGGCAACGAUAGGUUGGUGAUAGAGAAUUACUUUUCGAUAGCAAAAAAAGGUUUGAUGAAAGUUUGUUUCAAAAUAAUACACACAGUACACACGGGGCGAGCGAACAGAACCGCGUUUUAUUAAGAAAUGGCGAUUUCUUGUUUCUUGCAUACUGACAUGGAUAAAAACUGUCAACCAAUUUUGCCUAAUUUCGGUUUCCACUAUUAAUUAGGAUCUCGAGAGCAAUCACCAAAUUCAGGCCAGAAUGUAAAAAUUCUAGUUACAUAACUUGGUCCCCAAUUUAAACUUGUUUCGAAUAUCCUAAUUAUUGUGAUCUCAGUACCUAGGCAUGUAUUUUAACUAGAUACUUGAUGAAGUGGAUCAUGUACAUUUUUUCACUUUUUAUUAUUUUGUUUUUUUUUUUUUGUUAAACUGAAGAGUGAUUUUGCAUAUUUAUAUAUAAAAAAACUUUAUAUUUGUAUUAUAUCUGUAGAAUCUUUUUAAGAAAAUAUGUUAAGUAUUUUUUAAAUUUUGUAAAUUAUUGACUAUUGUGUAUUUGUAAUUGUAGAUUCAAAUACGAAAUAAUAAGUGAAAAAAUAUUAGCCAAAGCGACAUUGGGAAUCUUUCUGAAUUAUUAUAUAUCAUUAAGUUGCAUUUUGAGAUUUCUCAGUGGAUCAUACAAAUUUUAGUUUUGGCAUAAUAUUCUCGAAUAAUAACAUUCACUUCAUAGAUGACUCAACAAUACUCCACCUUUGAGGCUGAAGGUCACAAAAACAGGCGAUGGAUCUUAUUUUGGAUUAUUAGAGAUACGUUCACGGUGAGAAAAGUCUUAAAAUUAAUUUUGCAUAACCAACAGCUUUUGUUGUAGAGAGAGUAUGCUUUGAACUCUGAAUAGCUAUGCAUUCUUUCUAUGCCACCAUAGAUGGAGUGGAAGACGUGUUGUGUUCUUCAUAUUCAUGUCUAUCAAGCUAUUUUGGGAAUUCCUGUAGUUGGCCUGUUAUAAGUUCGUGCAGUUUUUAGAAAACACGUUUUCAUUAAAAAUUAUCAGUAAUUUUGAUGCACUUGUGCUAUUGCCCCCGAAGAGUUGAUCGAACGUUUGGAGAAACUUUAGUUCCUUUUUUCAACAUGUCAGUUCUGGUAAAUUGCUUAUAGCCUAUCUACAUUUUGUACUUAAUCAUUGGCAUCUUGCAUUAUUCCUUAGAGCUAGUGCCGAAAGGCCCUAUUAAAUAAACAUAUUAAACCUUUUUUAUUGCAAAUUCUAUGACCUACAUGAUCAACAAUUGGAGCCAUUCCAAGCAAGAUUUUCAUGAAAACUUGUUUUUGUGACCAUAUAGCCUGUAUUUCUCAGAUCAAGUACCCCAGUAUAGGACGGGAGUAGUGUGACUAGGUAUAUUUUCAGAAAUUUAAAAUUAGUAUCAUCAUGGAUUAGUCGCAUAAUGAAAACUUCCGGUGACAUAUUUAAUUAUAACAAAUUAUAUUAGAGUUAAAAUAAAAUAGGCAAAAUCAUAAAUGUUUAUAUUAUAAUUUUGCAAACCAACACUUGGUAAAAAAUUAUGCGCCCUUUUUUAGUUGAUUUUUCGUGUUGUGUAAUUUUAUUAUUUGUUUGUUUCAACUUUUAUUAUUACAUAUAUCAUUUUCAUCUACAUUGCAUAAACAUCUUAUUUUGGUAUUGUUUCCUCGUUAUAUUUUUGUUUUCCUUUUUUUUUUAUUAUUCAUAAAUCAUGUAUUUAUUUCACAAAUAAUAAAGUUGUUACUAAAAAUCUAAAAAUAUCUAUAGCUUUGUUUAUAUUCUAUUUUACCUAGUAUUUUUGUUCUGAUUUUAUUUCGCCAAACUCUUAUGCACAUAAUAUAAAAAUUUACUGAUUUCAAAAACAUCACGCAUUUUUCCCACAGCAAUAGUUUUAAAUUUUUAAAUUUUUUCCUGCUCAAGCUUCAUCUACUACCCUGUUUCUUUUGAUAAUCUGACAGGGCAUAUAUAAAUCCUUUGUGAUUAUAAUAACAUUGGGCUGGUUUCUUUGAAAGUUGGGUGAUUUUGGUCCUCAGAUCGAUUUCAGAUUUCUUGCGAAUAUAUAUUUCAAUAAAGCUUUACAAAUAAUAUGAAUUUGAUUCACCAUGCUUGAUAACUGUUAACAAUUUUUUUUCAACUAUGCUAAAAAUGCGAAGAAACAAAUAUAACAAUUGAAUUGAACCCUAGUGUAGAAUAAAAAACCACCCCAUAAUACAUCCAACCACUAAGCUAAACACUCAAAAUGACAGCCUCUAAUUUGAUCAAGAAGAAUUGAUCAUUGGAAUUGAGAAAUAUUGAUUCGAACAGAGACAGAUCAGUGGUGUAGGCACUUUUUCCAAAUUGCUGAUUUUCUUCAUUAUUUUGUUGUUUUCGCGGCUGUAACGAUUUAUUUGUCAUGUAAUUUUGUUUACCUACACAAAACUAUAACCCUUCUACAAUAUAUUUGAAUGUCAGAUACAGAAUUUAUUAAUUUUGUCAAUUAUUGAAAAAAAAAAUUUAAUUCAAAAGGUACUUAUUACUACUAGUACCUAAUUAACUGAAUUAUUUAGGUAGUAUAAAUAAUAAGUAGAUAUUAGGUUUUAUUUUUUUUAGUGAAACCUUUGUUUAAACUAAAUUAGAAAAUCAUUGUUUUUAGAUCUCAAGCCAAAAUAAUUUAAUAAAGGUUCUAUUUAUUUUGUUUAGCUAUAACUUGUACAUAUGUAUACUAAAACAAAACUGUACAGUUUUUUUACGCAGUUAAACAUUUUAAGUAUUGUUAUUAAAGUACAUAUAAAAAUGUUAUAAGAGUCUUUAGAAGUCAUUUUUUCCAAAAAAUAUGUUUUUUCAUGAUACUGAUCUAGCAUCAUAGUUUGCAGUUUUCCUUAAAAAUAGAAACUGCAAAACAGGUAGAGUUUAUAGAAUAUUUCUUAAAGUUGAUUCAGUAUCAUAAGGAGAAAGAUAUUUAUAAAACUACAUAAUAUAUUUGUUUUGUGUGUAGCUUUAGCAUAUAUAUUUUAAUUUGUUUAUGUAUCCUCUUUAUUCAGUUUACAGAAAAAAUAUUCCUUUUGUCAUUCAACUUUAACCUUUGCUCGUAUUUUAUUGUUCAAUAGUCUCUGCAAAUUCAAUGAAAGUCCUAACAAUGUACAUCAUAUAAAAUAAAGAAUUUUGUUUAAAAUAGAAUUCUCUGCGUUCUCAAAUAGGCAGCCUCAAGAAAUCUGGAGCAAUAGCUUCGAAAUAAUUUGCUUGUAGCGGACGAUUUUGCUACAUCUUAUUCAAAUAUAAAUGGUAGCAGAAGCUUAUAUGAUAUGUUAUGUUCCUACCAUUGAUUGCUAUAAGAUACAGAGUGUAGAAAUAUUUUUUCUAUUAAUAUAAUUUGUUUCAAAUUUUUUAAUGACAUCUGCAUUGUAUAUAUUACCUGAAAAGCCAGUCAAAAAAAUCACCGAAUAGCUGUAUUUUCAUAAUAAUUAUUAUAUAUAAGUAAAGUUCCUUUUAAAACCCAAAGUGUCGGUUUCUCAAACAGAACUGUUCAUUUUUAUCCAAUAAGUGUCCUGUAUUUUUUAAUGUGAUAAUAAAGUCUCCCUUCUGUUAGUACAGAA